UUUUCUACGCACUCAACCGCCACUGAAGCCGUUUUACAGGAACACAAUUUUCCCGAGCACAAUUUACUGAGUAACCGGGUCUCACUUAACCGACGCUCAUUGACCCAACCUCCAGUGAAUUCAGAACCGGAACCUGAGUCCCAGACACGAAUCGAAAUGACUUAUGGAAUCACCGUGAAUCGUAAGGCGCUCAUCACUUGUGAAAUAACGCUGGGUACGGCUGAUUCAACUGCAACUGUAUCUGAACAAUCAACUAGCGCCGUGUACCUUAUCUGCCCACAGGUGAGGGAACCAUUAUUCCCACAAUUCUCUCUAAAUCGCUAG